CUCGGCGGCGGCGGCGGCGGCGGCGGCGGUGGCGGUGUAGGUGCGGAGGCAGUGCGCGGGACCUGCUCGUCUCUCGGCCGUCGCCGUGUCUCUGUCCGUGUCCGCUUCCGCGGCCGCCCGGGCCCCUCGCCCACUCGGCCCCCCGCCCGCUCCGCCCCCGGCCCACCCCGCCCGGGCUCCGGCCUCGACAUGUCGUACAACUACGUGGUGACGGCGCAGAAGCCCACGGCCGUCAACGGCUGCGUGACGGGUCACUUCACUUCUGCCGAAGACUUGAAUCUGCUGAUUGCCAAAAACACCCGCCUGGAGAUCUAUGUGGUCACCGCAGAGGGGCUGCGGCCCGUUAAGGAAGUGGGCAUGUAUGGCAAGAUUGCUGUUAUGGAGCUUUUCCGUCCCAAGGGAGAGAGUAAGGACCUGCUCUUUAUCUUGACGGCCAAAUACAACGCCUGCAUCCUGGAGUAUAAGCAGAGUGGGGAGAGCAUCGACAUCAUCACCCGAGCUCAUGGCAAUGUCCAGGAUCGCAUCGGUCGUCCUUCCGAGACUGGGAUCAUCGGCAUCAUUGACCCCGAGUGCCGGAUGAUCGGCCUGCGCCUGUAUGAUGGCCUCUUUAAGGUUAUCCCCCUGGACCGGGACAACAAAGAAUUGAAAGCCUUCAACAUUCGUCUGGAGGAGCUCCAGGUCAUCGAUGUCAAGUUCCUCUACGGUUGCCAGGCCCCCACCAUCUGCUUUGUCUACCAGGACCCCCAGGGACGGCAUGUCAAGACCUAUGAAGUAUCUCUUCGAGAGAAGGAAUUCAAUAAAGGCCCUUGGAAGCAGGAAAAUGUGGAGGCGGAAGCUUCAAUGGUGAUUGCAGUCCCAGAGCCUUUUGGAGGUGCAAUCAUUAUUGGCCAAGAAUCCAUCACCUAUCACAAUGGCGAUAAGUACCUGGCCAUUGCCCCUCCCAUCAUUAAGCAAAGCACAAUUGUGUGCCACAAUCGAGUAGAUCCAAAUGGUUCCCGUUACCUGCUCGGAGACAUGGAAGGUCGGCUCUUCAUGCUGCUGCUGGAGAAAGAGGAGCAGAUGGACGGCACGGUGACCCUUAAGGAUCUUCGUGUGGAGCUUCUCGGAGAGACCUCCAUUGCCGAAUGCUUGACGUACCUGGACAACGGGGUCGUGUUUGUUGGCUCCCGCCUUGGCGACUCUCAGCUUGUAAAGCUCAACGUGGACAGCAACGAGCAAGGCUCUUACGUUGUGGCCAUGGAAACCUUUACCAAUUUGGGUCCCAUUGUGGACAUGUGUGUGGUGGAUCUGGAGAGACAGGGCCAGGGCCAGCUGGUCACAUGUUCUGGAGCUUUUAAGGAAGGCUCCUUGCGUAUCAUCCGAAACGGGAUCGGAAUCCACGAGCAUGCCAGCAUCGACCUGCCUGGUAUCAAAGGCUUAUGGCCUCUCAGGUCUGACUCUGGCCGAGAAACCGAUGACACCUUGGUGCUGUCCUUUGUGGGCCAGACGAGAGUUCUGAUGUUGAAUGGAGAGGAGGUGGAGGAAACGGAGCUGACGGGGUUUGUGGAUGACCAGCAGACUUUCUUCUGUGGGAAUGUGGCCCAUCAGCAGCUGAUCCAGAUCACCUCUGCCUCCGUGCGGCUCGUGAGCCAGGAGCCCAAGGCCUUAGUGAGCGAGUGGAAGGAGCCGCAGGGCAAGAACAUCAGCGUGGCCUCGUGCAACAGCAGCCAGGUGGUGGUGGCCGUGGGCAGGGCCCUCUACUACCUGCAGAUUCAUCCUCAGGAGCUCCGGCAGAUAAGCCACACAGAGAUGGAGCACGAGGUGGCCUGCUUGGACAUCACCCCGCUGGGGGACAGCAACGGCAUGUCCCCGCUCUGUGCCAUCGGCCUCUGGACCGACAUCUCGGCCCGCAUCCUGAAGCUUCCCUCGUUCGAGCUGCUGCACAAGGAGAUGCUCGGGGGAGAGAUCAUCCCUCGGUCCAUCCUGAUGACCACCUUUGAGAGCAGCCACUACCUCCUCUGCGCCCUGGGAGACGGCGCCCUCUUCUACUUCGGGCUCAGCAUCGAGACAGGCUUGUUGAGCGACCGGAAGAAGGUGACUCUUGGGACGCAGCCCACGGUCCUGAGGACGUUUCGCUCGCUCUCCACCACCAACGUCUUCGCGUGCUCCGACCGCCCCACCGUCAUCUACAGCAGCAACCACAAGUUAGUCUUCUCCAACGUCAACCUCAAGGAGGUCAACUACAUGUGUCCCCUCAACUCGGACGGCUACCCCGACAGCCUGGCCUUGGCCAACAACAGCACCCUCACCAUCGGUACCAUCGACGAAAUUCAGAAGCUGCACAUCCGCACGGUGCCCCUGUACGAAUCUCCAAGAAAGAUUUGCUACCAGGAAGUGUCCCAGUGCUUUGGGGUCCUCUCCAGUCGGAUUGAGGUGCAGGACGCCAGCGGAGGGACGACGGCCCUGCGACCCAGUGCCAGCACGCAGGCCUUGUCCAGCAGCGUCAGCUCCAGCAAGCUGUUCUCCAGCAGCACGGCCCCUCACGAGACGUCCUUUGGAGAAGAGGUCGAGGUGCACAACCUGCUCAUCAUCGAUCAGCACACCUUUGAAGUGCUCCAUGCCCACCAGUUCCUCCAGAACGAGUAUGCUCUCAGCCUGGUCUCCUGCAAGCUUGGCAAAGAUCCCAACACCUACUUCAUCGUGGGCACUGCCAUGGUCUAUCCCGAAGAGGCCGAGCCCAAGCAGGGUCGCAUUGUCGUGUUCCAGUACUCGGACGGCAAACUUCAGACUGUAGCUGAGAAGGAAGUCAAAGGUGCUGUGUACUCCAUGGUGGAGUUCAACGGGAAGCUCUUAGCCAGCAUCAACAGCACGGUGCGACUUUACGAGUGGACUGCAGAGAAAGAGCUCAGGACCGAGUGCAAUCACUACAACAACAUCAUGGCCUUGUACCUGAAGACCAAGGGCGAUUUCAUUCUGGUCGGUGACUUGAUGCGCUCCGUGCUGCUCCUGGCCUACAAGCCCAUGGAGGGCAACUUUGAAGAGAUUGCCCGGGACUUUAACCCCAACUGGAUGAGUGCCGUCGAAAUCUUAGAUGACGACAACUUCCUGGGGGCCGAGAACGCUUUUAACUUGUUUGUGUGUCAGAAGGACAGCGCUGCCACCACUGACGAGGAGCGGCAGCAUCUGCAGGAGGUGGGGCUCUUCCACCUGGGCGAGUUUGUCAACGUCUUCUGCCACGGCUCCCUGGUGAUGCAGAACCUCGGGGAGACCUCCACCCCCACGCAGGGCUCCGUGCUCUUCGGCACCGUCAACGGCAUGAUCGGUCUGGUGACCUCCCUGUCAGAAAGCUGGUACAAUCUCCUCCUGGACAUGCAGAACCGACUCAACAAAGUCAUCAAAAGCGUCGGCAAGAUCGAGCAUUCCUUCUGGAGAUCGUUUCAUACCGAACGCAAGACAGAGCCAGCUACGGGUUUCAUUGAUGGAGAUCUGAUUGAAAGUUUCCUGGAUAUCAGCCGGCCCAAGAUGCAGGAAGUCGUGGCUAACUUACAGUAUGAUGAUGGCAGCGGAAUGAAGCGAGAAGCCACCGCAGAUGACCUGAUCAAGGUUGUGGAGGAGCUGACUCGGAUCCAUUAGCCAUCUGGCCGGGAUCCCCCCUUCCUAGAACCUCUCUCCAUGUUUUGCACCUGGAGUCUUCCCCCACCCCCUUCUUUGUUUAGCGGAGGGGGAACCCCCUUUCCCCAAGCCAGCUGUCCAACAGCCCCAGGAGCCACCCUCUGCCCUCUGUGGGCGUGGGGCAUUUUUGGGAACUAACGCCAGCUCACUAGAGAUAAUGGAAAUGGGCUGGGGGUGACAGUACUUUCAUGCCUGGGUUUUCACCUGUCACCGGGGACCACCAAGCCUUGGUCUUGACCAAUUGUCCUCUUUCGUAGCUCUGUGGCUGAAGGGAAGAUCCGUUGGUCUCCCUCAUUCCCUGUUCUCUAGGAUCUUUGUAUUUGGAUUUCCUGGGGGUGGGGGGUGGGCGGGGUUCAUUGUCUUUGAAGCCAGGUCCCCCUUUUGCCUUCCCACUGCUGCCUCUGAGAGCUUCCCUCGCUCAGUCCGUGACCACCAGGCCAUGGGGCGACGGAGACCCCAGAGCUCUCUGGGGGAGCUGCUGCCUUCAGGGACAAGGAGAGUGGGGGAAGCAAACGGGUUGUUGGUUUCUGAGUUUUACCAAAUAAAGUAGAAUCCAAGAGGAAAGAGCCCAUUGUUUCUGCUUCUCUGCCUGGCCUGGCUGGAAUUCAGCCGCCCGGUCCCAGCGGCGAACGCCUCCUUGCCACCCCUGGGUACGGCAGUGUCGCUAUUUGGGGCACCUCUGCCCCUCCUCUCUUAGCAUCUGAGGGUGGUGUCCCAGCCAGGAGAUUGGUCCGGAUUUGGAUAACUUGGGUUCCUUUGCCUCUCUCUGUUUUCAUCUCCCAGGCCCAGCCCACUGCCCGGUCUGCUUUGGCUGGCCAACCCUCCUGUGCUGUAGGCUGGUCGGCCUUCCUCCCCCUAGCUCCUCCAGGCAGGCACCUUGUGCCUUGGAGGUUGCCUCCGUUUCUCCUCCAUUCCCUUUGCCUAAUGUAUGACUCCACUAACUUUCUUUCCCUCCUCCUUUUGCCAAGUGGUCAGAACGUGCAGAGGGCAGCCGAGGCGCCGAUUUUCCCAGAGUUCUGUGGUUCUCUGGUCCUGCAGAAUGAUCCUGCGCCCUCCUGCCAGGCUCCCGGAGGCCUACAAAAGACACGAGGAGACGACUCCUCGGGCUCAUUUGCCAGCCUCCCGGUGCCGCCCACUCUGUGCAUUCUCCCUGUAUUUGCCUCUUGGCUUAACCUGGCCAAGUCACGUAAGCAGGCGCUGCUUUUUGGACUUGGAGCACCAGAAGGGGAUGUGGGUCUGGGAGUUAGCCCUCGAGGAACAUUAAGUGCGUCCCUGCUCUGUGUCAUGCUGGCCUCAGCUUGGAGGAUGCCCUCGAGUCCUUCUGAGAGCAGUCCAGGUAAGGGCUGGGGGGGAGGCUGGGAGAGCCCGAGGGACCCUCCUCGCAGAAGCUGGAUGCGAGUAAUGGUGCUUUAGGUAGGAGGGACCGGGUAAUUACCUGAGGACCUCGCAGGAGGGGGCCGUCAGCCAGGGGCAGCUUUGUGGGUAGGCGCCUAGCCCCCAACCUGGGCCUUGAACGGAGGGAAGGCUUUCAACGUGCACCGCUUGGUUGGGGGAAGGGGGUCUGUCCCAGGUGUGGGGAGUAGCAAGAUGGCGAGUAAAGCCCAGCAGGAGACAAUCCCCCAACGAGGCAGGUUGCCAGCUAUCCCUGGGCCAUUGAGGAUGGUGCCGGAAGGCUGAAAAGAGGAACUGGACUGUGGACAGGCCUGGAAGGCCAGACCAAAAGCUUAGACCUUGAGUCCCACAAGCCCUGGAGAGCCAGGAACCCUCAGCUGGGUGGAUUUGGAAGCUGACUUGGAUAGAACGUGGGGAGGAGACUGGCUUUGGGCAUUCACGUUAGAUUGCCGGCCUCCCCCAGUAACAGCAGACAGCGAGAAGUCGUCCCCCAGUCCGGGCAGGCGCUCGGGUGGCAGCACGGGUGCUGUCUCCGCAGUGGGGCUUCCUUCUCUGGUUUUUUUUCUACUGGCUUCUGACAGGGAAAUCAAAUGAUUUCUCUCGUGGGACCUCGGGAGUCUCAGUAACUGAAACGCAGAACUUAAUUAUUUAAAGACAGGUUUUGAAUUUGGCCAGACUUCCUGUCCUGGGAACCAGUGUUGACAAGGGAAGUGUCCAGCUAACAUCUGGAAGGCAGAAUGACCGUGUGACUGACCCAAGACCAUACAAGAUGGUUCAUUAUUGUAUAAGGCAAGGGUGACCAACAAGUAGACCCCAAAUAAGGACUUGGGGACAAGAUAAAAUAAUGUCACUUUCCAGAAUUGAAACUAAGAAUCCGUACGCCACGGCUAAAAUUGGCAGCAGUAGCUGGCCACCCCUAGAUGGUGGUUUUUCAGUAAUUGAGAGACACCUGAACUGGAGGUGUCUCCCAGAGGCACUCGAGAAAAUGGGCUUCCGGCAAGGCUUUUUACCAGGUUAUAACAUGGAAAGAAUCUUGAUUUACAUGGGAAGACAUUUAAAUAUGGCAGUAGUACUUGACUGUAUCUGUGUAACCUUGGACAAACCCCUUUUUCUGUGUUUCAGUUUCAUCCCUAAAAUAGAAAUUGGACUUUGUGACUUCUUAAGAUCCUUUCCAACUGUAACUCCUCUGAUCUUAUGUGUGAAAUAUUAAAUUAUCCGUGAUCUAGUUAAUUAUAAUAAGUCUCUCACAUGAUCCACGGGAGAAGUUCCAAAGAGAAAAUUUGGCAACAUUAAUCCGGUGCCAUCCACGGCAGAAACUCGUGUGGAUGGGACAUUAUGCUAACUAAAAUGGCGGGCCUUCCAGUGGAGCGGGGAUAAUUGUCCAGGCUUCCAUCGCAGCCCGAGUGGAACGUUCCUCAAAACCAUCUUUCUGGCUCUGAUUCCUUGCUCUCUAGGUGGCCUCUCAGUGACUUAAGUUUGGGGAUUUUUUGGUGUGUCUUGGUCCCUGGAAAGAUCAUUCCCUCCUUCCCCUCUCGUAUGACUAUUGUAAAUUAAUAAAUUGGGUUUUAGGUUAAUGAA